CGCAAUGCAUUCACUGAACGAUCACAAUGCAAUAUAUGUGCGCCAUGGAUGAUGCCACUGCCGUCUUCUGACGUGACCGAAUCCAGCCUCAUAACACAAGCCAUCGUCCAUCCCUGAUCGGGAUAUCACCAGGAAUGCUAACUAAAAUGGCCACCAACGAAAAAGACGUCCGACUUCAGGUACUUUUUUGUCCUCUCUGUCUCGAAAGUUUCAACAAGGCAACUCUCCUCAACUGUGGUCAUACCUUCUGCCAGAACUGCUUGGAGGUGUACGAUGACAAAAAUCGCCAUCUUGACCACAUGGUAUGUCCUGUAUGCAAGAAUUGUACUUAUCUUGGGGCCGAACGGGUUGCAGAACUCGCUCCUAACUACCUGGUCAGGAAUCUGGAGGACGAUUUGCAUUUGUUGACAGAAACUCUCUCGCCAAACGUUUGCUUAGAACACAGUAGGGUUUUCAGGGAUAUCUUGUGUGAAGAUUGUCAGGAAUUUGUUUGCCUCCAUUGCUUCUUGGACUGCCAUCAGGGACAUGUCAUCAAAAAGAAAGAGGAGUUAGAUAGAGAAUUUGAAGACAAGGAAAGGGCUCUUGUUCGUCAAAGCGAUACCAGGAAGUCCCAGAUAGAAAAGGUCAUCUAUAGUACCGAGCAACAUAAAAACAAAAUCUCGUCACAUCUGAAUGCUUUGGAAUCACAGAUCAGGGACCAACUUGCACAAAAGAGAACCAUACUCCUGCAGAAUGAAACAUUGCUCUUGGAUACUGUAAAUGAACAUAGAUCAGCAUUAAACAAGGCCUGUGAUAACUGGGUUGGUCACAACAAACGGCUAAUAGACAACAUAAACAGCUCGUUGUCGGAGAUACGACGUAAAUCGACUCGUUUUGUUGAUUUGAGCACACUUAAGGCCCAUAACCUACUUUGUAGUAACCUAGAGAACCUACUAGCAGAAAGUGUUGAACGAACAUCUUUCAGUGAUGUUGGUCAAGAAAUCAGGAGAAUACAUUUCUGCCCAGCAGAUGACAAAGUUCUUGAGCUUGGCUGUCUAGUUUUCAAGGAAGUCAGUUACUCAGCUAGUAAGACCCACGGUGAAAAUCAGUUUAGUGAAGAAGACGAUAGUAUCUCCUCAAAAGAAUGUAAUCAAGAAGAUGAUAGGAGCACCUCAACUGUUCUUGGAGCUGUAGCUCCUGUAGAAUUUAGCAUUGAAAGUCGCGAAAAUGCCGUUCCUAACGGGGAAUCAAGUAAUGCUCAAGCGGUUGCACUGUCCGUACCAGCCCAGAUAAGAACCUACACGUUGAGUAUCGCAAGAAAGAUAGAUUUAGCGGGGUACAUGCGAGGCAUUGCUGCACUUUCCCCUGAUUCUGUCGUGGUCGGUUAUGGAUUGAACCGAAACGGUGCAGAUCGUUUUUCGGUGUCUGGGGAAAAGAAACAAUAUUUGAAGGGUAAAGUCGGGCAGGUCUGGGACAUUGCCUUCUUAGGCGAUGGGAGGUCCGUCGUUUCUCACGGUGCUCAACCUUGUAAGGUGUACGACGUCAACAACAUAUACACCGGUCUUCAAUAUACCCGCAAGGAAGGCAACAACUACUUCAGCUUAUGCAGUGACCGCAGUGGCAAAAUAUAUGCAGUCAAUGACAACCCAGAGAUCUACAUCUUCGAAGGCACUAAUGCUAAUCCUCAUCAAACCUUGUCGACGGGUAACAUCAAGCCAGAACACAUUUGUGUCACCACAUGCGGGUGGAUGAUCACUACCACGUGUUGCAUCACACCAAGUCGGAUCAACCUCUACGAUAGGCAAGGCCAUGUCGGUAUCUCACUUACUGCAAGUGAUAACCAUGAAUAUCUGUAUGCUGCUGUGGAUAGCGAGGACAGGGUUCUGGUGGCAAGAGUUCGUGAGAGAUCGACCGUUUUCAAGCUAGCGCUCUACAGGAUCAAAGAAACAAGACUCGUAGAGGAGAAGGCGUUUGCUCCAAUCAAACUCCCGCGACAAAUCAAAUGCAAAUGGUGCUACAUGGUGAGUCUCACACCAAACAUGCUCGCGUUUGCCACCUUGGAUCAUCAUUUGUACUUUAUUGAACUUCUGAUGUAGUUGAGCUCUAUUCACAUAUGGAUGAGCGUUUGCUGAUCUUUGUAGAUAAUUCUGGUCUAAAUUAUGCGCAAGACCAUCAUCUUGCAAUGAUACGCUGUGAUGAAAAUGACGACCAUAUUGUAUCAACACUAAAGAAGUAUUUGUAUGGCGCUGACCUUAUAUUUCAAAAUCUGGGCAGGACUGAAUUAUAAAAGGCUUUGGGAAUUCGGAUUUUUUUUCGAUCGUUCGUUUGCCUAAAUCUUGAAUAAGGUAUAAUGCACCUUGCUUGCCAAUAGUUCUUGUGCUGAAUCGGGUUAACAAGGCUCGUGCUUUCGCAGAAGAUUGUCAAGAAAGCUUGUCUUUUAACCAGCCCUACCCCUCCGGAUUCUGGUGAUAUGUAUUAACUGAUGCAUGGUAUUUGUCCACUACGUACCAUAUGUGUUAAUUCUAUAUCAAAAAUAAUAAUAAAUGAUGUAAUAAUAUAAUGAAUUGACAUGACACCAAGCGUGAAUUAGAUAAAAUAAAAAUUAGACCAGGUGACGAUUAGCCCUAAUGGGUAUUAGACUAAUUGGCGAUUAGACCGAGUGGUCAUUAGUCGGUUUUGGUAUUAGACCAAUUGGUCAUUAUAUCAUUUGGCUAUCAGACCAAUUGAAUAUUAGACAAAGUGGAAAUUAGACCAAGUGGUGUAAAACUAACUGGAAAUUAGACUAAAUGGUUUUAGCCCAACUGCUGAUUAGACGAGGUGGAUAUUAGACCAACUGGUUGUAGGCGAAAUGAGUUUAGACUAAGUGAAGUUAGAUGAACUGAUUAGUAGACCAAUUGGUAUUAGACAAUCCGAUAAUUCACCAAAUGGAAGAGCAUUAUCAAAUC